AUGGGGGCUCUCCCGGCGCUGCUGGGGGCCGCCUUGCUGUGGGCCGGCGCCGGGGCCCUCGUCAACCUCAAGUACUCGGUGGAGGAGGAGCAGCGGGCCGGCACCGUGAUCGCCAACGUCGCCAAGGACGCCCGGGACGCCGGCUUCGUGAUAGACCCCCGGCAGCCCACCGCCUUCCGGGUGGUCUCCAACUCGGCCCCCCACCUGGUGGACAUCAGCCCCGGGUCCGGGCUGCUGGUGACCAAGCAGAAGAUCGACCGGGACCUGCUGUGCCGGCAGAGCCCCAAGUGCGUCAUCUCGCUGGAGGUGAUGUCCAGCUCCAUGGAGAUCUGCGUGAUCAAGCUGGAGAUCAAGGACCUCAACGACAACGCGCCCAGCUUCCCCACCGACCAGAUCGAGCUGGAAAUCUCAGAGACUGCCAGCCCCGGCACCCGGGUGCCGCUGGAGAGCGCCUACGACCCGGACUCAGGCAGCUUUGGUGUGCAGAGCUACGAGAUCACCCCCAACGACCUCUUUGGGCUGGAGACCAAGACGCGGGGAGAUGGGUCCCGCUUUGCCGAGCUGGUGGUGGAGAAGAGCCUGGACCGCGAGACCCAGUCCCACUACAGCUACGUGAUCACGGCGCUGGAUGGUGGUGACCCGCCCAACUUCGGCACGGUGGAGCUCAGCAUCCGCGUCAUCGACUCCAAUGACAACAACCCGCUCUUUGAGGAGCCGGCCUACACCGUCAGUGUGCCCGAAAACGCCCCGCUGGGUACGCCGGUCAUCCGCCUCAAUGCCUCUGACCCGGAUGAGGGCACCAACGGCCAGGUGCUCUACUCUUUCCACAGCUACGUCUCUGAGCGAGCCCGGGAGCUCUUCCAGAUCGACCCCCAGAGCGGCCUCAUCACGGUCAGCGGCGCCAUUGACUACGAGGAGGGUCAUGUCUACGAGCUGGAUGUGCAGGCCAAGGACUUGGGGCCUAACUCCAUCCCUGCCCAUUGCAAAGUGACCAUCAGUGUGCAGGAUGCCAAUGACAACCCGCCCCUCAUCAACCUGCUCUCUGUCAACAGCGAGCUGGUGGAGGUGAGCGAGAACGCCCCGCCGGGGUACGUCAUCGCCCUGGUGCGAGUCUCGGACCGCGACUCCGGGGCCAACGGGCGGGUGCAGUGCAAGCUCCUGGGCAACGUGCCUUUCCGGCUCCAGGAGUACGAGAGCUUCUCCACCAUCCUGGUGGACGGGCGGCUGGACCGGGAGCAGAGGGACCAGUACAACCUCACCAUCCAGGCCAAGGACAAUGGCGUACCCUCCCUACAGGCCACCAAGUCCUUCACCGUCAAGAUAACCGAUGAGAACGACAACCAUCCCCACUUCUCCAAGCCCUAUUACCAGGUCAUCGUGCAGGAGAACAACACCCCAGGGGCCUACCUCCUCUCAGUCUCCGCGAGGGACCCUGACCUGGGCCUCAACGGCAGCGUCUCCUAUCAGAUUGUGCCCUCCCAAGUCAGGGACAUGCCUGUCUUCACCUAUGUCUCCAUCAACCCCAACUCUGGAGAUAUCUAUGCUUUGAGGUCCUUCAAUCACGAACAGACGAAGGCCUUUGAGUUCAAGGUCUUGGCAAAGGACGGAGGUAAUCCCUCUCUGCAGAGCAAUGCCACCGUCAGGGUGAUUGUCCUGGAUGUCAAUGACAACACGCCCGUGAUCACAGCCCCACCACUGGUCAACGGGACUGCGGAGGUGUACAUCCCCAGGAACGCGGGGGUCGGCUACUUGGUGACAGUGGUCAAGGCAGAUGACUAUGACGAGGGUGAAAAUGGCAGACUUUCCUACGAAAUGGUGGAAGGAGACAGAGGAUUUUUUGAGAUAGACCAGGUCAAUGGAGAGAUAAGGACCACCAGAGCCUUUGGGGAGAAUGCAAAGACAGCCUAUGAGCUGAUUGUAGUGGCUCAUGACCAUGGAAAAACAUCUCUGUCGGCUUCAGCCUUGAUUUUGAUAUACCUGUCUCCGGCCCUCGAUGCCCAGGAGUCCAUAGGAUCUGUUAACCUCUCCCUCAUUUUCAUUAUUGCCCUGGGGUCUAUUGCGGCCAUUCUUUUUGUCACCAUGAUCUUCGUGGCAGUAAAGUGCAAAAGGGAUAACAAGGAAAUCAGGACCUAUAACUGCAGAAUCGCAGAGUACUCCUACGGGCAUCAGAAGAAAUCAAGCAAGAAGAAGAAAAUCAGCAAGAACGAUAUCCGCCUGGUACCGCGGGAUGUGGAGGAGACGGAUAAAAUGAACGUUGUGAGCUGCUCCUCUCUCACCUCAUCCCUCAACUACUUCGACUACCACCAGCAGACCCUGCCGCUGGGCUGCCGCCGCUCCGAGAGCACUUUCCUCAACGUGGAGAGCCAGAACAACAGGAACGCCGGCUCCAACCACAUCUACCAUCACACCUUCGCGGGGCAGAGCCCCCAGCAGCCCGACCUCAUCAUCAACGGGAUGCCGCUGCCUGAGACUGAGAACUACUCCUUUGACUCCAACUACGUGAACAGCAGAGCUCAUUUAAUAAAGAGCAGCUCCACGUUCAAGGACUUGGAGGGGAACAGCCUGAAGGACAGCGGCCAUGAGGAGAGUGACCAGACCGACAGCGAGCACGACGUGCAGCGCGGCCUCUACUGCGACACGGCCGUCAACGACGUGCUCAACACCAGCGUCCCCUCCAUGGGGUCCCAGGGCCCCGAGCCAGAUCAGAGCGAAGGAUUUCAUUGCAGGGAAGAGUGCCGCAUCCUGGGCCACUCGGACCGGUGCUGGAUGCCCCGCAGCGCCGUCCCCAGCCGCGCCAAGUCCCCCGAGCACGGCAGGAACGUCAUCGCCCUCUCCAUAGAGGCGACGGCAGUGGACGCGGAGCCUUACGCAGACUGUAGCGCCAAAAGGACCUUCGCCACCUUCGGCAAGGAGGGCGGCGAGCCGCCGGCCGAGGAGCGGGCCGGCAACCCCAAAGGCAAAAGAACGGUGGAGCCGGCCGCCGGCAGCCCCAAGGUGAGCGGCGCCGUCCGCGAGGCGGGCAACGGCUGCGAGGCCGCCAGCCCCGUCACCUCGCCCCUGCACCUGAAGAGCCCCGCGGCCUACGGCGGCCUGCCCUGCCCCGCCGGCCGCGGGCCACAGCCCCCGGCGAACACUGGCCCUGCCCGGCCCGCGGAGGCAGAGCCCAGGGGGGCGGACAGCGAGGGCGGCCUGCAGGAGGGCAACCCGCUGCUGCAGGACCGCAGGGAGAAGGACUCGCCGGCGGCCAGGAGACUGAGGGACAUCGUCCUCUGAGCAGCGCCCGGCUGCCGGAGGGGCCAGGCAGCAUGCCCGGCAUGGGUUGUUUUUAUCGCUUACCAAUGGUUCACAGAUCGCUGUAUUUAAAAGCUUUCCCUAAAUGUAUUGUUUAUAAAUGAAGCUGUUGUUAAUGUGACAAUCCCACUUGUUUCAGCAGGCGGCAGGGGUGUUCAGCAGGGCGAAUUAGCGCGUUUUCCUUUCGCCGGGAGGUGGCAGAGGGCAGGGGCAGAGGUGAGGCCCAGCCUGCCAGCGGCAAUGCUAGGUGCCGCAUCUCUUGGAUUUAUAUAUUUUUGUACCUCAGAACUAACACAAAUCUCCAUUCUGCUUAAGAACCGAAUUCCAAAUUCUUUAUUCGGUCACCUUUUUGUAGUCUAGGCAAAGCAAUGGCCAUUUCUCGCAUACAACUUGAAAAUUACAGGUCAGUGAGUUUUAAUAUUCACCCCACACAAGGCCGCUUCUAUCUGAAGAUGUUGCUAUUUUGCUAUGGACACCCCUGCAUUUAUGAAUCCUUUUGCUGUCACAUGCUUAUCUGUACUAUUAUCGUAUUUGAUAUUGCAAAUUACUGUAUGUCUAGUGAUGGCAAAAGGCUUUCAAGUUUUAAAAAAACAAGCAAACAAUCACAAUCAUCAUACUGAAACCUUGGGGAACCUGCAGUUUCCAGACCCAGUGGAGCAAGUGCUUUUUCCAGUCCCCACCAUCCAUCCCCUGCAGCCUCCACCUGCUCUCUCAGGGCAGGGUGUUACAGGAGGGCAUUCUGGGGAAAAUUCUGCCUGAAUUGCAACCGUCAGAUGCACUGUGCUGAACUUUUUCCCUUAUCCAUUUCUUUUGCAUAACUUCCAGGCAAUGCAUGGAAAGUUUUUUUCCAGAACUUUCUUUAUUUUAGUUCCCAGAUUUAGACAUGCCCUGUCUCUAGUCAUUUCAAAGUCAAAGUGAUGGAAUUAUUUAAGAGAUCUAAAUUACCUUCUCAAUUAGACACACACUUCCAAGUCAGCAUUUCCCAGUUGUGAUUAUGCUAAGUGUGUGUGUGUAUGUAUGUCAUCAUGGCAUGGAUUUUAGACUGUUCUGAUUUCUUUUUAUCCCUGCAUCAUGAAUAAGUAUGGAGUGAGCAAUAGCAAUGUUAAUUUAGGGGCAGACAGGUGAUACGUAACAACACUACUAAUUCAAUUAAUGUGCCUUCUUAAUGGAGAAAAAAUUAAAGCAAUUCAUUAUUUUUUCUCAUAAUUAAGGACUUUUUUUGUGUGGGUACAAAUUUACUCAUAUAAAAUUGAUUUAAAAAUUGAGCUACUUUAAUAGCCAUUUUGUAGAAGGGAGAGAGAGAAAGGGUUUCACAGCUCUCUGCUCUCUUGCAGUGAUAAUUCCUCAGUGAGGUAUGAGUAAGGUAGGAGGAUUUCAGUUAGUGUAUUAUUGUUAUUAACCCUUCACUUGACAGAUUUUCCUACCCUAAAUAAUGUUUCAUAGAAUUUAAAAUUGAUUAUGGGAGGGAAAAUAUAUAGCUCUUGCCGAUGUUUGCUGUACCAGCAAGUUGAAAUUAGUGGUUUCUAGAGAAAUAGUCUUUCUAGGUCUACAUAUCAUGAUAAAAUAUUUGUUACUUUGAUUUAUUUAAAUUAAAAACGUCAACAAGAAAACAAGCUCCAGUCAUUAUUGUCCUCAAAAUAAAAUAAGCUCAAGUAAUUUGUUUCUUCAGGGUGAAUUGAUACUGCCUGAAGUUUUAGCAAUUCUGAGAUAGGUCCGCAGUCAGUGUAUUCCCCAUGCCACUCGAUAGGGCCAGGAAUUUGGAAGGAACCAACAAAAAAAGGUCAUCUAAUGAAAUUUGUGAUGCUUCCCUCUCGUGUUAUUACUACCUCAUUCAGAUCAAAUCCUGUGCAUUAAUGUGAUGUCAUGUAUCCCUCCUAAAAGUGAACCAGGGAUUUUCCUCUCUGUUCUGGAGUUUGAGCCCAUUUUUAAGGGAUAUGUUAUUUUGUUGUUUCCUGCCUGCGUACUGUACUGCUGUCUUUUUUUUAAUUAUUAUUAUUAUUUUUUUACAAAUGUGUGUAUUAUUAUAACACAAGCGGCAGAAGAAAUGGGCUAGCUUGGGGCUGUUAAAGGAACUGGAUUUUCUGUAACUGUUAGGCUGGGUUUAUUCUGAUAUUACCUGUUUUUGUCAGCUCUGCUGGACUUUCUUUGGGGAAAAUCCAUGUAUGGUUUUGCUGAGCAAAAGCACCUGCUCGAUACCCAUCUGUCCCUUCUGUAGAAACCGUCCCCCACCUUCAGUCGUUGUCCCCCCAGUCACCCUAUGGGGCCACGGAGAGACCCCACACCUCCAUCUGGGAGCAGGAUGGGACCGGUGCCCCCAGCUAGCCCCAGCCCCCAUCACAGGCACAGGGACAGGGAGCGCAGUCCCCUCCGCCCCAUUCGCCCCAUCACUCUCACCACCUGCCUCCAGCUCCUGAAAAGCGCUGGCCGUUAAUUUGUGCUGAGCCUUGCCCUCUGCCUGCGGAGCUGCCACCACCAGCCCAGCGAUUUUGGAUGAAAAAUAGAUGCUAACUGAAAAGGAAGAAAGAAAGAAAAAAAAAACCAGAAACAUUUCUCUAAUUUACCCAGAGGAAACGUUCCUUGCCACUCUGAAUAAAAGCACAGCCGAGAAGGGAUGUGAAAUAAUUCUGUAUUAAAAGGGGGCAUUAAAGAGGUCAGUAAGCCCUUAUGCCUCCAAGAAAAUCGUUUAAACAACAGUUUUGCCUGGGCUGACCCAUGCCGCAGCUGGGGACACCAAGCGAGGGGCCGUUCCCUGACACGUCCUUGCUGCGCAGGACGAGGCACCUCCGCUCCACCUCCCCUUCCCUCUUCUGAAGAUUUUGCUAUUUCUGUCACUGUUCCUCUGUGUCACUUGAGAUGAGCUCAGGGCUGCUGGGCAAAUCACAGCCUAUCUUGUUUUUUUAAUAGUUGCAACAAAACUGGCCAUACAAAAAACACAAAGGCUGCAGGGUGGGCGAUUUUUUGGGGGGUUCCAGACCUAAUUAGUGCUUCUUUAAUAACUUCAACCUGUCCUCAGAUUUGGUUUAGGAAAAUGCGCUUGGAUCUGUUGGUUUCCUUCAGGCGAACUUGCUCUGCUCCCCUGUUUCUUCAGGGGAGCAGCACCCGUUUAUGAUUCUCUACCGAGCAUGACGAGGACCUGGUCUGGAGCAGCCCAUGCGAUGUCCCCAUGGCCCCUCACGUCACCCUCUGAUGGCCUGAGUGUCCCUUCCCUGCAAGGGCACCCAGCUUCCCUGCGAGGGCACGCGGCUGUAUGGAGGAGCAGCAGGGGGCUGGGGUGUGUGUUGAUGGCUGAAAAAACAAUCCCUGAGUGCCUGGCACGUUGUCCCGACGAGGCUGUUGCCGUUCCCUGUUUGUCGUGAAGCUGGAGGUGGCCUGUGGAUCACAUGUUGUGCAGAAGUGAAUUUUUUUUUUCUUUUUUUUUCCGAAUAGGAAACAAGUUGCUUUUGUAAAGAACACAAUGUCUGAUUAAUAUGUUGAAAUUAUUCUUGGGGAAAAAAAAAAUCUAAUUAUGAAUGGAAACACAUUUGUCUGUCAUUGGGGAGAAUUGAUGAUCUUGUUGCUACUGCUGCUUUCGCAGCCAUAGGUAAUCUUUUACCCAACCUAGGAGCUGCGCUUACCUUGGGAGAGAAGCCCGGCCGACUCCACUGCAAGCACUGCCGAGAUGGAUCCUCUAUCAGCAUCAGCUGAUGUUCAGCUGAUCUAAGCUGGGAUAUAGUCUUUAAACACAAAGAGCUGGCCUAACGCAAACUGCUUUUCAGCAACCAAUACCUCCUUGCACCAUUCCAACGUGAAGGAAACGAGUUGCAGGUGUCACGCCUGACCGCGGCGCAUUCCCGCAGCAGGAGGAGCAGCUGGUGGCACCGUCGCUGCGCGCCUGCCCGCAGACGGCAGGGCUGCAGUGGGACUUGGUGCGGUACGUCUCAUCAUGGUGUCUCCGUUGCUGAUUAUAUGAAGAAUAAAUUGUUGUAUAUGCUGAUACAUAUGUUAUGUACAUUUUCACAGUGAUUGAAUCAUUGUAAACAACAAAAUGGAAAAAAAAAAAAAAAGAAUCACCAUUCUGUCUAUUUUAUGAAGAUGAUAAAGCGGCUUUAUUAAAUUAUUACGAUUCUGUUUCAAAAUGGUGUACCUGCCACAUUGUUUUUUUUUUAAUCUGAUGAGAACUUUGUUUUCCACCUAAAUGUGACUUUCUUUUCUCUGCUUUGAGCAUCUAAUGC